CCGGCGCUGCUGGCGGCGCUGGAGCUGGCGGCGCGUGCCAACCUGAGUCGCGCGCCGUCGGCGGCGCUCCGCCAGCACCGUAUCUCAGAGGCGCUCCGGCUCAGCAUGGAGAAGUUCGCCCUGCUCGGCGACCCGGCGUCAGCACCGCAGGCGACCAACGACACGGCCGCCCUGCUGGAGCCGGCGGCGCUAGCCCAGCUGGGCGCGCGCAUCUCGGACCAGAGCCUGGUGCCGCCCGGGCCGCUGCCGGCGCCAGACACGCCAGCCGCCUCCCACAUCUCCGUCAUCGACCCCUACGAGGUCUACGUCAGCCUGGUCAGCGGCGUGGGCGCAUUCUUCGGAUCGAAGUUCCGCUCGACCAGCGGCAUCGUCUUCAACAACGCCAUGUCGGCUUUCUAUGAUCCGGCGCAGGCGUCCACCGGCACGCUGAACCUGCCGCUCUCCGGCCGGCGGCCGCUCACGUCCGUCUCUCCCGCCAUACUGAUGGCGCCAAAGGUAUGCGGCCAGCGGGUGGUUACGGGCGGCAGCGACGCCUCGCUGCUGACGCAGGCUGUGAUCCGGCUGGCGGACCCGCGGGAGAAUCUCACCUCCUCGCUGGAAGCGCCGCGCCUCCACACCAGCCCCGACUCUGUCCAGCUGGGCAUCGAAGAGGAUCGGCCGCUGCAGUUCUCCAGCAGCGUGCUGCGCUCCCUGGAGGCGAUGGGCCACGAGACGCGCGGCGAGGAGAAGCCCUAUCCCAGCUGCAAUGGCAUCACCAAGAACUAUGACCAGCUGAGUUCGCACUCGGACUCGCGCGGCGGGGGAACGGCCGUCAGGUUCUGAGGGCGGGUGACGUCACCCAGCCGUCAGGUUCUGAGGGCGGUGACGUCACUCAGCCAGUCAAGCUGCUACAGGGACUAGCUGAGACCCCAUGCUGAUGCCUUUGCAGUGGCGGCGAGUGAGGCGAAGGCGUUGCCUUUGAUGAAUCUACGUGUUUACUUUCGUACACAUUUUAGGAGUUGUUGGUAGCGACCAGAAAUAGUGCAGUGGCUGAGCAGCUUUGUUUGGUUCAUGUAUUGCAUUUUACGUUUAGUUUCGGUGUUUUUCUUGGAGUUUUCUCUUACCCUGCGAAAUGGAUGCAUGAAUGACAUCGUCGUGCACUCCAUGGCAAUGCUUUUGCAUUUUUUAAACUUAUUUAUUUGUGGUCCGGAACCCAUAAACAAUAAUUCGCACCCACCUGUCAUUUACCUGCGUUGGUUCAUUCACCCUGCGGACAGACGUCUCAGCGGAGCCAACCAAGUGUUUCUCGACAUACCCGACUUUUGAGUCAAGAGCAAUCAAUGAUCCCGUGUGCGCCUGACAAUGUUUUCAGGUCUUCAAAGGCAACUAUUUGCUGAGCAAAGCGUUUGUGUAAUUCAUGCGGGUUUCCAGAGCCACUAUUUAUUUUAGGAUAAUUUUCUGGUGAGGGCGUGUGCUACAAGCGUUCAUGAUUUAAAUACACGGCCGUUGUUGUU